AUGAUUUUCCGUCAGACGCUAGUAACUCUAGCUGAAAAUGUAAGUCGUUCUGCGAAGUCUAUUCCACCGGUGAAGUUAGCAUACAAAAAUAUGUUAAGGGAUCCCUCCGUGAAGUACAGAUCGUUUCCUGUGCCAAAGUUACCUAAUAGAACAUGGCCAAACAACACCAUAACUAAAGCACCACGUUGGCUUUCGACGGAUUUAAGAGACGGGAAUCAAUCUCUCCCGGAUCCAAUGUCGGUAGAGCAAAAGAAAGAGUAUUUCCAUAAACUGGUUGCCAUCGGAUUCAAGGAGAUUGAAGUUUCAUUCCCAUCUGCAUCUCAAACUGAUUUUGAUUUCACACGGUAUGCUGUUGAGAACGCACCCGAUGAUGUUAAUAUUCAGUGUCUAGUCCAGUCGCGUGAACACUUGAUCAAAAGAACCGUGGAAGCACUAACUGGCGCUAAGAAGGCUACCAUCCACACUUACUUGGCAACAAGUGAUCUUUUCCGUGAAGUUGUGUUCAACAUGUCGAGAGAGGAGGCUAUUGUUAAAGCUGUUGAAGCAACGAAACUUGUCAGAAGACUAACGAAGGAUGAUCCAAAUCAACAAGGCACUGAGUGGAGCUACCAGUUCUCUCCAGAGACCUUUAGUGAUACGCCAGUAGAGUUUGCUGUAGAAAUUUGCGAAGCAGUGAAAGCCGCUUGGGAACCAACUGCAGAGAAUCCUAUCAUUUUCAAUUUACCUGCAACUGUAGAAAUGACAACUCCAAAUGUUUAUGCUGAUCAAAUCGAAUACUUUGCGACUCAUAUCAGUGAACGUGAAAAAAUCUGUAUCUCUACUCAUUGCCACAAUGAUCGUGGUUGUGGUGUCGCCGCAUCUGAAUUAGGUGUCCUCGCUGGUGCUGAUCGUGUUGAAGGAUGUCUAUUUGGUAAUGGUGAACGUACUGGUAACGUUGACUUGGUUACUGUUGCAUUGAAUAUGUACACUCAAGGGGUACCACCAAACCUAGAUUUUUCUGAUUUGACUUCUUUAAUCGAAGUUGUGGAACGUUGCAAUAAGAUACCAGUCUCACCAAGAGCUCCUUAUGGUGGUGAUCUUGUUGUUUGUGCUUUCUCCGGUUCUCAUCAAGACGCUAUCAAAAAGGGUUUCAAUUUGCAGGAAAAGAAGCGCGCUGAAGGUAAUCAAAUCUGGGCUAUUCCAUACUUACCAUUAGAUCCAAAGGAUAUUGGCCGUGAUUACGAAGCUGUCAUCAGAGUCAAUUCUCAAUCAGGUAAGGGUGGUGCAGCAUGGGUUAUUUUAAGGUGUUUAGGGCUAGACCUACCAAGAAACUUACAGAUCGAAUUUUCAACGAUUGUUCAAGACAAAGCUGAUGCUUUGGGCAGAGAAUUAAAGGCUGACGAAAUCUCUAAGUUGUUCAGGGAGACUUACAAUUACAACAAUGAAUUUUUCAAUAAGAUAGCUUUGCUAGAUUACAAUGUUGAAAAAGUUGGCGAUGACCGUAGGAACUUGACAGGUCAGGUUUCUAUUGAUGGAAAAGUUUAUGACAUAUCCGGAUCCGGUAACGGCCCAGUCUCCUCUAUGAUAGAUGCACUAUCAAACUUGUUCAACAUUAAAUUUGCCGUCGCUAACUAUACUGAACAUUCUUUGGGCUCGGGUUCUUCUACUCAAGCUGCAUCUUACAUUUUAUUGAACUACAGACGUGAUAGCGACAACCAAAACGCCUAUCAAUGGGGUAUUGGGGUCACAGAAGAUGUCAGUGACGCUUCCAUCAAAGCUAUCUUUUCAACUGUCAACAACAUUGUUGCAUCUGGCGAAGUACCUUUACCUGAGAGUUCUCAAGCCAGAGCUGCAGGUCACGCUUAA